AGGACGUUCAAAAUCCAUAUCUCCCAACUUUCAAAAAUGAGAAUUAGGGGUAAUCAGAACUCCAGGAAUCCAACAUCGAAGAAUUCGACGGAAACUUCAAGGGACAUGGCAACUGCAGUUGAAAACAGUAACAUAGGACCAGAUUUCUUUGGUUUCUAUACAAGUGAAGUAGCAGAGUUAUUGUCUCAAGAUGAUGAUUUUAUGCCUUCCUCACCUCAAAUUUCUGGAUUAGCUGGAAACCUUCUUGUGUUGGACAGAGAAAAGGGUACAAGUAGGAGCAGUUGCACAAAAAAAGAGAACAACAGUAUUAGUGGUUCUGCUUCCUUAUACUCUAAUGGAAUAGGUUCUCUACUGCCGGAGAUUAAAAAGGAAAGGUUGAAGUCAUUGCUUUGCCAAAGUGUGCUUACUCUUGGGCAGGAAGUCAACGAGAUGAUAAAUCCUGUGCUUUCGAUAUGUCGAAUACGAUCAUGCUUGAGAUACAAAAAUAGCCUAUUAAGCUUGGAUGGCUCGGGAUGUGGAGUUGAUCAAGUGGAACACCCUCAGAAGAAGCUAAAAGUGUUGCCUCCCUCUUUGGAUUCAGAAAGUGAACACGUGCAUUUGGCUGUACCAGGGAAAGAAGAAUCGAAUGAUGUCAUGAAGGAAUGCACCCAGGGCAAAAAAAAUUGUAUCCCUCAGAUGAUUGUUGGGGCCAAUGGAACCAAGAUUGAUGAUGACUUACGCUACAUUUUGGAGAGUGAUAGCACAAAAGUAGAGGAAGUGAUGAAGAAGUAUUCUGAUGAACUGUCCACCAUGAUUUGCCAUAUGGAGCAUAAGCUAGAAGAACUUCUUGACAUUGUAAUGUCCAGUUGCAGGUCAAUGACCCUUAUCGAGAAGCAACAGCUUCGUAAGUUGAUUCAGAGUCUACCUCCUGGAAAUCUUGAUCGUGUUGCGGAAAUCAUCAGAUGUCAUAAUUCAUCAAAGAAUUCUUGUGAUGUGGUCCAUGUUGAUCUGGACGAUGAGGACAUAGUAACAUUAUGGAGAUUGUAUUACUAUGUGAAAGCCGUUGAAAAUGCUAGGACGCUCUGUGAAGAUUGAAAAUGGUUGCUGUAAAUUUUUUAAGAGUGAUCUAGAUGAUGUUUUUGGAGAGAUCAUCAUCUAUUAAUCAUAGGUAUUCUCCAGCAAUUUUAUCUGAGAUCUCCUUUUUCUUGUAAAUGUUAAGUGAGUUUUUUGUAUUUCUUUUGAUAAUCAGGAAGUCAGAAUGUAAAUGACUGAUGAAUGGUAAUUUUUCUGGUUAAACCUCGUGCUGUUAAAAUUCUCUUAUGGUUUUAUUGGAGCGUAGUAUUAUUUUGCCGGCUACCCUCUAGAUUUUCAUUGGUGAUCUAGUUUUUCUGUUUGAAUUAUAAGAUAGCAAAAGAAAAUUCAGUUGCUCCGGAUUGAACCCAAUUCUCAUAUUCGAAAUGGGAUUGUAUACUAAAGUUCAAAUUC